AUGGACAUGUUUCCAUAUGGAAAGAUCAAGAAGGCGCUUCAUUUCCAUGCAGUCAAGACAGAGCUGCUCUUCCGGGGUGUUGACGAAGCAACCAUUGAUGCCAUGGGUAUCCGUGAUCGAGUGAAGAGCCUUCGACAGCAUGAAACUGGUCGUGUCGCGGACCAACAAGAGGAGAUCAAAACUGCCGCGGAGAAGGCUUUCACUCCAUUGUCAGCGGCUAUGUUUCCACAGUCCUAA